ACUCCAGUGACUACAAUGGGUGAAGCAAAGCCUCUGAUGAGGCCUUGCCUCGAGAAUGCGAUGAUUACCACGUUCUUAGACAAGAAGGAAACAAUUGCCAGCAAGAACUUGGAAAAUCCGAAAUCCUUCUGUGGACUUCUCAAUGGUAAAUUUAGAAGAUCUGUACUAGUUUUAUUCUUUCUCCUUGUCACUGCAACUGCCAAUGGACAUCAAACGAGAGUUACCACAGAAUCGAUUGCUUCAAACACAACAGUAGAUCUUCAAGGAUUGCAUACUUCAGGAAUAAAUGCAUCAGAGAAUAAUAUUAACCAGAACUCCCUAUACAUAGAAGAAACUAGCACAACUGCACCAUUAAUACCAGAAAAUGACUAUUUAUUAACUAAAAAGUCCUUGAGAUACACUUUACUUUUGGUUUUUAGGCAGGAAUUAGACAGUAGGAAAUUUGUGAUAAAUAUAAAUGCUGUUGAUGGAAGUUCAUCUGAAACUGUCUAUGUCCUUACAGUUCAGAAUAGAUCACUCUCAUUUCAAAGAAAUAGUUCCAUAUUUGGCAUUGUUAAAUUAGCUAGUGUUUCCUCAUGGCAAAAACUGCUUGUAAGCUUUAAUCACCAAGAAAUCUCAGUCACCCAAAGUUGCCAAGAAUUCAACUACCUAUCACUGCCAAGCAUUAGUAAAUUGGAAGAGUGGGAAAAGAUUGCUGUAACAGCACUCCUUGAGGAUGCCCAAGAUAGUGAUAUUAAGAAUGGUAUAUGUGAACUGUUACUUGUGGAUCAGCGAGAAACUGUGAAUGCUUUCUGCCAGAGACCAUUGACAAGUGAUUGCUCUAAUAGAAAAAAUCUUCAUGCUAAACAUCAGACUAAGGAAAGUUGGAACAGCACUGAAACACAAUCAGGCCAAGGCAUUGUUGCCAUGCCAGCACCUGCUGGAGUCAAGGGUCCUCCCAGUAACACAGUGACAGAAUUAAGAAGAGUGGUAACAGUCAUUGAGUCCCGUGGUCAUCCUGGAUUGGUCGGUGAAAUUGGACCUAAGGGUUAUAAAGGUGAUAAAGGCAUGCAGGGUCCAGGUGGCAUCCCUGGAAAGCCUGGUUCUCAUGGCCCUCCAGGUGAGCAGGGUAAUGUAGGACUGAAAGGUGAUCUUGGGAUUAUUGGACACCAGGGUCGUGCUGGAAGAAAUGGACCUAAGGGACAUCCAGGACCUCUGGGAGACCCUGGUGAUGUUGGUGAACCUGGAGAUCCAGGACCUCAAGGGUUUCAAGGCUCCCGUGGACGAAUGGGUCUGACUGGAGCAUCUGGGAAUCCUGGAGUUCAAGGACCCUCAGGUUCCAGGGGAGUUCAAGGAUAUCAGGGUGAUCGUGGAAAGCAAGGAGAAGGAGGAAACCAUGGAAAAAGAGGAGCUAAGGGAAACAGAGGAAGUACUGGGCGCAGUGGCAUGAAAGGCAAAAAGGGAAAUCCAGGUCCACUUGGCCCCAAAGGAGAGGAGGGUGAAAAGGGCCAUAAGGGCAUUCCAGGUCAUGUGGGAUCCAGAGGUGCACAUGGUCCUCCAGGAGCACAGGGUCCUCCUGGAGAUCCUGGGCAUAAAGGAUCAGCAGGACUUCCUGGUCACAAGGGAAUGCCUGGAAAGCUAGGUAAACCAGGAAUCCCUGGACAGAAAGGCAGUGAGGGUUCUUCUGGUGAACUUGGAUUUUAUGGCCCCAAAGGAAACAAGGGAGAUAAGGGGGACAGGGGUCGCCGUGGUUUCCAUGGAAAACGUGGAGUAAGAGGAGACUCUGGGAAGAAAGGAAGAAGGGGCUACAAUGGUUUAAAUGGCGAUAAGGGAUCAUCUGGAAGGAUUGGAGAACCAGGACCACAGGGUCCACUGGGAACACCAGGUGUCCAAGGAGUUAUUGGUAGUCCAGGAUUAAGAGGACCUCCGGGACGUCGUGGUCCUAAUGGCACAGUUGGCGUAAUAGGAAAACCAGGGCCUCUGGGUAUCGAAGGAAAGCCUGGCAAUCAGGGAGCACAGGGCCCAAAAGGAGAGGAUGGUCCAGCUGGAAUACCUGGAUCAGUAGGAGAAGCUGGGCCCCAAGGAUUGCAGGGUGAAUUAGGGCCAAAGGGAAGUCGUGGAGAAAUUGGAGAGCCUGGAAAACUGGGCGCUGCUGGUCAUCCUGGAACUAAAGGCACGCACGGAAUUACGGGGCCAGAUGGUGUUGAAGGGGGUGAAGGGCUCGUCGGUGACCCAGGCGUCAAAGGUUCAGGAGGGAUUCAAGGGGUUAUGGGCAUUGCUGGGCCUCAGGGUCCACCUGGUCCAUUGGGAAAAUCUGGCCUGGAAGGGAGUGAAGGAGAACAGGGAAAUGAUGGACUACAAGGCUUCCUAGGACUGCCUGGAACCGCCGGUGGAAAGGGAGACAGUGGUUUGGCUGGACAGAAAGGUCCACCAGGAAGUCAGGGACCUUUUGGUGCACCAGGACCACCUGGCUUGGAAGGAGCCAAGGGAACAAAAGGUUUUAAGGGUGAGAGAGGUUCACCAGGACCAAAAGGGCCUCAAGGAGAUCAAGGGCCAAAAGGAACUGGUGGAGAACAUGGAGUACCUGGAAUUCGAGGAAAUCUGGGUAAAGAGGGUCAACCAGGACUUGUUGGUUUACGUGGUGUUCAGGGAAUGAAGGGAUCAGAGGGCGAAGACGGCAUUGCUGGUUUAUGGGGAGAUCCUGGGAUAAAGGGUCACGAGGGAACACCGGGUUUACGAGGACAUCCAGGUGCCACAGGUGACAUGGGCCCAGUGAAUAGUGAGAGUGGUGCUCGUGGAGAAAUGGGAGAGGAAGGCGAAAUCGGGGAGACGGGAGAAGACGGAGAGAAGGGAGAUAGAGGAUUUUCUGGAAAAAACGGAAGAGCGGGUUCCUCUGGUGAGAAAGGACUGCCUGGUGAUCUUGGCGUGCCUGGAGUAUCGGGAUUUGCAGGGCCACGCGGGGAAAAAGGACCUAGAGGCUCGACAGGAGGUCAGGGCUUAUCUGGAGCCCCAGGCUCUCCUGGAGAUACUGGAGUCAUUGGUCUUGGGGGACUUACGGGCCUUCUCGGUGAAAGUGGACUUAUCGGUGAUCCUGGAGGAGCGGGUGAGCGGGGGAAAAAGGGAAAGGAAGGCAGGAAUGGCUCACCUGGACUUAAGGGUCAUCGUGGAUCGAAAGGACAAAGUGGAGAGCCAGGGAUGAAAGGACCAACCGGAGGUAAAGGAAACCCGGGUAGAAGAGGGGAUGAUGGAAAAAACGGUGAAAAGGGAGAGAGAGGCGACCAAGGAAGUCUGGGACCCUCUGGACAACUAGGGCCUGAGGGAAGCGUUGGCCCACCUGGAUUAAGGGGAAUGCCAGGUUCCCUCGGGCAACAGGGAAAAAAAGGACUGUUCGGACCAUUAGGAGAGACGGGGACGAUAGGUGCAGAGGGACUGUUUGGAGAAAGGGGUGCGCAGGGAGACCCGGGAAUGCGGGGCGAGAGGGGUGAGAGAGGUAUUCCUGGGAAUAAGGGGGCUGUUGGACCGAAAGGAAGACAGGGUUCUGUUGGCGUCAGUGGAGAUCGAGGUCGAGGUGGCAAUGCAGGACAAAUGGGCGAUCCUGGAAUGUCCGGUCUUCGAGGCAGCCCAGGUUCAGAAGGAAAUCAGGGUCGAACUGGUUACGUGGGAGAAAAAGGCAUUCCGGGAACCUCAGGAUUAAAGGGAGUGAGAGGAAUUGUGGGUGCAGUUGGUCUGCCGGGCCCUCCUGGUCAGGUGCUGGGGUUUCAAAGAUUUACCCAAAAUGAUGACUUUGAUCAGGCAAUACAAAACAUCAAGUCUUUGCUAUACGUGUCUUCUACGGUGGAGAAAUACAAAUCCCCUUUAGGUACCAGAGAUAAUCCAGCCACGUCGUGCAAAGACCUUAUGUACAGUGACAACUAUCAAGACGGUCAUUUCUGGAUUGAUCCCAACCUUGGAUGCCCUGCUGAUGCCAUUAAGGUAUACUGCAACUUUACCGCUGGAGGAGAAUCUUGUGUUUCUCCUCUUCAGGAUAAGAUUCCGAAGAAGACCUGGAGAAAUGAUUCAGAAUCAUCGUGGCAGAGAUUUUCAAAUCUUGAACAAGGUUUUAAGAUCGGCUACAAAGCCAGUAAAGUACAGCUUAACUUCCUGAGACUUCUCAGUACCAGGGUAAGCCAAACAAUAACAGUCAAGUGUAAGAGGAUUGUAGCAUGGUUCCACAGAGCAUCAAAAAGUCAUCGUUAUUCCUGGAUCUUUCAUGGAAGGGGAGGCUACGACUUCACACCGACAAGCAAUCCAAAGCCAAAUGUUACUCGAGACUACUGCCAGCGCGAUGAUGGAAAGUGGCGCAGAACCGAGUUUAAGUUCGAAACUGACAAAGUUGAUGUUCUUCCUAUUGAAGACUGGACAUUCUUUCAUCGUGCAGUGGGAAGAGAACAGUUUGGUGUCAAAAUUGGACAAGUUUGUUACCGAUGAUAAAGAUUAGCGAGGAUAUUUGCAUCCGUGGAAGACUUAAUUUCUCGAAUAGAAAGCGACUGAACCAGUUAUCACUAAGUUGCUGUAUUUAUUUUUGUAGAAAAGGGACGUUAUUCCGUUCUCGUUUAUUUCUUGCCUGAAAUUAUAACUGUUACCGCAUGUUUUGGCGAUCUUCCAACUUAACUAACGACCGUCUCCUAACCAGAUAUGGUAGACUGGAAAUGCGUCAUUACAACGGAAAGGGCUCUGUACUAUUUAGCGUAAGAAACAGAUUAAAGGCUGAAAUGCCUUUUACUUACGAAGCAUGUUCCCUCGACAUAUGUUGCUUUGAAAACCUGUCGAAGCUACCUUGAGCCAGUCAUUCUUAUUUCCAAGUUUAUGUUCAUUUUUUGCUCGGAGAAAUGCUCAGAAAAUGAGUUCUUUGACGUUUCAGGCUUCGUUUUUUUAUGAUUAUAAAAAAAGAAAACGUAUUUUAGCCGAACGUAUGGGCAGAAUUUUGUUUUGGAAUCAUAUUUGGAAAUGUAUUGAGAAAUAUGUGACUUUUACACUUAAAAAGCUGAUCGAUGGGGCGAGUUUUUUUUUAAGUGAUACUUAGCAAUUUGCCUUCGUGGAUGCGACUGACCGGUUGAUCACAAUUUUUCCUGCAUGUUUCUAGCAAGUCUUAAUAAAUAUAGUUUAAGGACUUUCAUGCGCCUAAACGCAUAUAACUUAAAACAUCUGCAGCUUUUAAAACGUUUGCAACUCU